UACAAUGACUACACCAAAUAAAGCAUUGGAGCUACAACUGCAAAUUAAGCAAAAUGCUGAAGAGCUGCAGGAUUUUAUGAGAGAAUUAGAGAGCUGGGAAAAAGAUAUUAAGCAGGUGGAUUCUGAACUACGGAAGCAGAGUGGUGUCCCAGAAGAGAAUUUACCACCAAUUAGAAAUGAAUCUUUUAAGAAAAAGAAAAGGAAAACCAAAGUCCCCUCAAAGAAAACUACUGAGGAAAACAAGAAAAACAAAAUCAAGUCCUACGAUUAUGAAGCAUGGGGAAAACUAGAUGUGGAUAAAAUACUUCAAGAACUUGAUAAAGAAGAUAGUACUCAUGAAUCUCUAUCUCCAGAAUCAGACUCUGAAGAAGAUGGCAUUCGUAUAGAUACAGAAAAGGCUCUUGCAGAGAAGGAAAAGGGUAAUAAGUACUUUAAACAAGGAAAUUUUGAUGAAGCAAUAAAAUGCUAUACUCGAGGGAUGCAUUUUGAUCCUUACAACCCAGUAUUGCCCACAAACAGAGCAUCUGCUUUUUACAGAAUGAAAAAAUAUUCUGUUGCAGAAUCUGAUUGCAAUUUAGCACUUGCUCUAGAUAAAAAUUACACAAAGGCUUAUGCCAGAAGAGGGGCUGCUCGCUUUGCUUUGAAAAAUCUUCAAGGAGCUAAAGAAGAUUAUGAAAAGGUUUUAGAGCUGGAUGCCAACAACUUUGAUGCAAAAAAUGAACUGAAGAAAAUUUACCAGGCUUUAUCAUCAAAUUCAGAACAGAAAGAGAUUGAAGAUGCAGUCCAACCUGAAUCAUCAGAUAAAGAGAAGCAGCACAUGGAAGAGCAGCAGCUGAAGCAGAAGGCUAUUACAGAAAAGGAUCUGGGUAAUGCUUACUUCAAAGAAGGGAAGUAUGAAACUGCAAUUGAGUGUUACACACGUGGUAUAGCAGCAGAUGGCACCAAUGCACUUCUGCCAGCUAACAGAGCUAUGGCCUAUUUGAAGAUUCAAAAGUAUGAAGAGGCUGAAGAUGACUGUACGCAAGCUCUGCUAUUAGAUGCCUCCUAUUCUAAAGCUUUUGCUAGGAGAGGGGCUGCCAGAGUUGCUCUUGGAAAACUGAAAGAAGCCAUGCAAGAUUUUGAAGCUGUUCUGAAGUUGGAACCUGGCAAUAAACAGGCAACAAAUGAACUUGCUAAAAUAAGGAAUGAAUUAUCUGAGAAAGAGCAGUGGACUCAUCCAAAAUAUCCUGAAACAUUGGUAAAGGAAAGUGAAAUACAAAAUAUAGUGAAAGUCAUUGAAGAUCCAUCACUCCUGAAAACAACAAAGCCUUUGAGAAGAAUAGUCAUUGAAGAAGUUGAUGAUGAUGACGACAUACAAAAUAGUGAUUUUCCCAGCAGUUCUUCUUUAGUCAAUAAUUGGAGGGAUUCUACAAGUAUUGAAACAACUGAGAAGCUCGCUGAAGAUGAUCACUUUACUUCAAUGGACAUUCCAAAAGCAAAACAAUUGAAAAUAGAAGAAAUCAGCGAUAGUCCAACAGUACAGCUUCCCAGCAGUGUGAAAGGAAUUUCAUCAGUUAUACAUCCGCCUUUGGCUAUGAAAAAGAAGGUAGAAAAAGAAGUCAAAACAUCAACUCGAUCUGUGUCUCCAGUCCCUGUUAUUCCUUCAAAUUCUUUCCAGCUUGAGUCUGAUUUCAGAAAGUUGAAAGAAUGUCCAGAAAAAAUGUACCUGUAUCUGAAGCAAAUAGCACCUUCAUUUUAUCCAAAGUUGUUCCAGAAGUCCUUAGAUCCAGAUUUGUUUAAUGAGAUACUGAAAAUUCUACAUGAUUAUUAUAUUGAGAAAGAGGAGCCAUCACUCAUCUUUGAAAUCCUCCAGAGGCUAUCUGAAUUAAAAAGAUUUGAUAUGGCAGUAAUGUUUAUGUCGGGCUCGGAGAAGAAAAUUGUGCAAGGGCUGUUCAAUCAUUUGAAUGUCUUGGGACUGAAAGAUCCUUCUGUUGAAGAACUGAAGAAGAAAUACGGAGUUUUCUCUUAGUGCGGUUACUGUCAUUACAUCUGUAAAUUGCUCUAUUUCCACAUUUCUGUCUUGUGGAAAUCGUCCGAAGGAGUCUGUGCAGAAUGCAAAUUCUGUUGCUUUUGUAUAAGUAAUGAAACUCUUAUACUUGAUUUAGCAAACUGGCAAGUGCCUGGAGAGAUAAUGACUAAACUGUGCAGGUAGGUUUGCUUUCCAGCUCCUGCGACAGGAUGGAUCUAUAUUUUCUUCAGUGGACUCUUGAAAAAGCUGCUCGAGUGGAUUGGCAUUCGGAAUGGAGCCUGUAGGUAGAGAUCUUUAUUGAAAAGGAAAAAGAAUAUUUAUAAAUGUCUUCAGUAAGAAUCAGA